UCAAAUGCGCUGCUUAGAUAGAAGUGAAAGAUGAAUGAAACUGGCGUCGUGAAAUUCACAGAGAGAGAGAGAGAGAGAGAGAGAGAGAGCCAAGGCACACAGCACGGCGUCCCUGUAUGACGAGACUUAUGACCCUCUAGGAUAGAGGAGCGCGACGUUCGAAAUUAAAUGCACGAGCGCACAUCGAGGCCGGCCUCGGAAGCCGGGGACCACUCCCGCUGCUCGGCGCCAUUCUGCGCAAUGCGUGACCAGAACGACGUCGCACUGUUGCAAGAGGGUCCGGAGCUUGGGAUUUUGUAAAAUCGCCGAUCAAGUAUGUUGCCGAAACUGCGCCGGUCUCUCGGGAGCCCGGCCGCUGUCGACCCCGAGCUCAGCCGGUCGUCCAGGGCGAGGAGUGCAAAUCAUGUACGUAUUGUCGUGACGGCUUUUCGGAGGGAAGAGGAAUUGGCGAGCUGGUUCGAGAACCCCAUGAGACUCAUCGAGGACAAUGGUGAAUGAUCGCUUGAUCUGAGCACAAUGUGUCGGGAAAAAGUGGUCACCGUGGUUAUGACUAGCUCCAAAGACUCGUCGGAUAAAGCUGUCGAAGCUGUCCGAUCCACGAACGAUGGGUUUGAGGAUGAAUCCGACGUGGUACGGGAUUCUCUGUAUGCUCUUCAAGGUUUGCCGUCUGCCGUGAGGAAGCUAGAACGCCUGGCAAGGUCUUAUAAUGCAACAUCCGCAGAUAAAAGUAGUCAAAAUUUGACAACCCUGUGGACACGAUCUGUUACUGCGACAGCUCUGGGGAAGGUGCUGUCGUUAGUGGUUCGUGCAGGGCAUCUGAGGCGUCAAUUGGAUGCCUUCGUGAACUUUUUCCUUGAUGGAAGACAUGAUGACUGGGGCCACUCUGAAGACAACCCGCGUUGGGAAAGUAAAAGCAAGAAGAAGAAGAAGAAGAAAAAGAAGAAGAAUUCAUUGAAGAACGGUCCUUCUGAUGUAGAUAAAGAGGAAAACGGAGGACUGGAAGGUGUUGGCCAAGCAAAAUCAGGCAGCGGCACUUCAAAUCCUGACGUGUUGUCCUCUCGUUGCCUUGUAAACCAGGCUUUCGCUGCCGCUGUGAAAACUGUUCUCCGCGGGCAUUCGGCUGCUCUGAAUACGCUAGCUGCGUCAGUCACUUUGCGAAGGCUUCAGGAUACUUCAGAACACGGGUUUAGGGCAGCACAUUUAAGGGACCAAGACCCAGGUCCUGUUAUUGGCUAUGGUUGCCGCGAUAUCACCUUACUAGAAUUUUACCUUCACACUAGAGAACUUAGAGUUCAAUUGCAGGCGCUGGCAUACAUUUGUCUCCGGAGGAAUGGUAAAACUUUUUCUGGAAAUGUAGUAGGAGAUGAUGAUUAUUUAGAAAAAUGGUCAGAAGCGAAGACGAAAGAAAAACAUCAUGAAACUGGAAACUCGAUUCGUUCUCAGUCAGAUCACGCAAGGAGGGAUCAUACUUCUACGACCAGUUUUGAAUAUUUUCCAAGGGGAGCAGCUUUAUUGACCUACCUAUACGAGCAACUGAUGGAGGUGGAUCCUCUUCAUAUGGAGCUGUUGAGGUUUCUGUUUGAGCGAGCUUAUCAGCCAUAUUCGGUAUUUAUCCGUUCCUGGAUAUACCAGGCUGCUGUCAAAGAUCCGUUCUGUGAAUUUGUCAUUGAGCAAGGUGAUUUUAACCGGGGUUCAUCCACUAUCAACGCCAGGGGAAUGAGAAAUUUUUCCGUACAACCAACAGACCUAAAAUUGAGGGAAGGUGUAUCUGUACCGCGGUUCUUGGAAGAUGUCCGUAUCCCUUUGAUACGAGCAGGACAGCAAUUGCAGGUUCUGAUGAAGCUGGCGGAGACCUGUGAGUUAGCACAGCAAAUUGGGAAGACCACAAACCCUUCAGAACUGUUCGAAGGUCUAGACAUCUCUCCAGACUCACUGGCAGGCGACAGAAAGAACUCAGUUGAUUUGCCAGCGCUUGUCUACAGUAAGAUGCAGCUUGAAGAAACUGUAAAUCAGCGGGAGAACAAUAGGAAAGUAUUGAAUGAGCAGUUCGACAAUCUAUUCACAGAACUCGCUGCCAGGCGUCUGCAAAUGGAGAACAAGUCUCCCUGUUCCAGCGCGGCUGACAAACCACCCAUCAGUUCAGUAACCACGAACGUAGAUGACAAGCAGCUUUCAGCAGACACAGGCUCGGAGUCUCGACAAGAAGCAGCGUCACCCUCGUUAACCAUCUUCCCAGGAGGCGAGGAAAAUUCAGGGGGUGCUGUAGAUGGAAGCACUGGAAUAUUGAAGAGAACAUCAGGAAUUGGUGUUGGGGAUGAAGAAAUAGCUCCAGUAAUGGAAAAUCAUCCCGAAUCUUCAUCUCCAGAUAUCAUGGGGAUAGAUAUCACGGAGCCCCUUGAUUCAACUCUUGAAGAGGUAGUUCCCUCAGAGGAGAAGUCCGCGUGGUAUCCAACAAAUGGGAACGAUGAGUUUAAAGAAUUAAGUGCCGUUAAAAAUGGUUUUUGUGGCCCCGUGGAGUCAGAACAUAAAAUGAUGGAUAAAGUUGAAAUCUACGAACCGUUCCAGGUUUCCAACUUUCAGAUUUUUGAACCUGCAAAGGUCGCUGGUGUUUCUCAGAGCCCCGAGUCCCAAAAGCUUCACGUUCCAUCUCUCAUUUCUGAUCACCAACGAGGAGCAUCUUGGCCGUUGUGGGGGCUUCCAACCAAUCCCUUUCUCAUGCCUGCGACCGUAAAUGACUUUACACCUCAUUUUUACGCAUACACAAGCUUUGCAGGAACAUUUCAUCCCUGGGAUGUGACCACUAAGCUUUCAAGAGCAGGUCUUAAUUCUACACAAACGUCUGCUUUAGAGGAGUCGGCCAGGAAACAGGCAGAGAUAUCGGUUGAGCCAACAUGGUUUACUAGUUUAGAGUUGGCCCUUAAAGACCAACUUUUUGAAGGUCUCAAUGCUCACUUACUACUGCUGGAGUGGGACAAAGCUGAUCAUGUGUCUGAAUGUGACUUUGGACCCCUUGAUUCGUCAAAGCAGUCGGGUAACGGGUGGAACACCCAGCUGCUUGUGGAGUUGGAUGGUAGACUGACUGAUCCUCUUAACUUCUCAUCUAGUUUGCACUCAGAUUCAGAAACUACUGCGGAUUUAACAUCCCCUUCUGGGUCAAGUUUUUUAGACCAGGAUAUACUAAAGAAGUCCAGUGAGAAAACGCAAUAUAUAGGUACGUUAGAAAGUAAGGCAAAUUCAAAUCAAGGAUCAGAUUCGACUGGCAAAAGGACGUGUAAGAUUCAACCGGUCAGUGAAUUAAGUGAAGAAUCCCCACACGGAGAAUUCUCCAAGGACAUAGAUCUUCUUGGAACAUCGAUAGAAGAGUCAGAACUCUUGAAUCAAGAGCUUGGAUCAUCAGAAAAUGGGGCGGGCUUGGUUGCUUUGGCUAGUGAAGUCAGCGCGCUUCGUCGAUCCAUAGAGCGUCAUCAACAAUACGAUUUAGAAUCUCAAGAAGGGGAAGGAGUGGUUUACGAAGCUUUCAAAUGGCAGCAGUAUCUACGGUUUUCAGAAUCUCCAUUCGAGAGUGCGGUUCAACAUUGUAGUGAUAGUGCUGCUAACCAGGAUGUAUUGGCUAGUGGCGAAGAGAUUCCACUUUCUGUCGUGGUUAGCAAGUGUGUCAUCCAGGAGAUCCUCUCCCAAUACGAAUCAGUGAGUACACUCACAGUCAGAUUGUUUCACGAAGGACUUUGCUUGCAAGAUCACUACCACGCAUUACGGCGGUACUUUUUUAUGGAAAGGGGUGAUUGGGCUGAUUACUUCAUCGCAGCACUUUGCCAAAAUAGGUGGGGUCCGUCUGGACAUCAGCUUCGGCAAAUGGAGGUACAAGGAAUGCUCGAAGCAGCUUUGCAGAAGUCUUCUUGUGAAGGGGAGGAGUAUGCAGAAAGGUUGCUUGUCUGUUUUCAGGCACGAGAACCAAGUUCUUCUGCGGCCUCAGCGCAAGGAUCUACUAAAAUCUCAGUCGCUCCGUUCGUCGAUUGCAGCAGGCUUGAUGCAUUCGACUUUAUAUCGCUGGAGUACCGGAUUGAUUGGCCUCUUACCUUAGUUCUGACCAGCCACUCUCUUCAGUUGUACAAUGUGAUCUUUUCCUUCUUGAUGCGGAUAAAACUUGCGGUGUAUGCUCUUGCUGAUAUCUGGCGUCGGCUUCAGGGAUUGGAUAAGUCUUUUCAUAAAGUCAGACAUUCUCCCCAGUACCAGCAGCAAAGAAACAGGUUUCGAACUCUUCAACAGCUGAGGCAACAGAUAUACCACCUCGUAACGACCGUACAACGCUAUGUGGAGUCCAAACUGUUGUAUGUCGUCUGGAGCAAAUUUCUUCACGAUAUCCAACUGGAGGUGAACGAUAUGCAGGAUUUGAACGCUCUGCAUUGUGCUUACCUGGAGGGUGCUAUAAAUGAGUGCUUUCUUUCACCGAAUACUCAAGGAGUCAAAGGAUGCAUCGACACUAUUAUGCAAUGUGUGCUCGACUUUCUGUCGCAUUUGAAAGGUGCUUCCAAGAGCGCCGGAGAUGAUGAGUUGAUCGAUGAUCACCUCUUUGCGCAGGUUUGUCAGGUGAAUAAAGUAUUCCAGUCCAGUUUGCAGCUGCUGAAUAUAUACCACUUGAAGCAGGAACCCCAGUACCGAACAAAUUUAAGUGAUCUGUGGAUGAUCCUUGAUUUCAACGGUUUUGUAACAAAUGCUUUUUUUUCAGACUAGUUAGGUGUAGUUCUGUAUCAUGUCAACGUUUUCACGCAUGGAAACUGCAAGCUAGAGUCCUUGCAAUAGCAACGUUGAGUCUCUUCUCAUAAGAGAGUUCGUCAAAUCUGAAACUUCUGUCCAUAGAACAUCUCUCUUCAUGUAAAGUAUCAAGAUUUUAGAAACUACUCAUGGUAGCUUUCUGGAGCAGAAGCUAGAAAUGAGACCCCGAGCGCUGCUCCUUAGAAGUCCGUAGCACAUGUUCGGUUUGCCACAAUAGCUUCCCCCUCUGAGUUCUCUUAUCUUGUAACAUGAGCCCAAUUAGAUUUGAGUAACUGGUCGAUGACUAACCUGUCGCGGUGUUCCAACAUAGAUUCCAAUCUAUGUUGUUCAUGCAAAUUGAUAAGUCGUCUACCGGAUUUGUAGACAUAAGGAAGAAAUACAUCAGAUGCAUAGAAGUUUUCUGCUUCUUAAUGUGGUCACUGGGCUAAUCUGGUGCGGUCAUUAUCUGUAUUUCUCAUCUGUAGAUAACGUGGAAGAGUUAUAACAUUUUUCCUGCUUUAUCCGCAACUGUGGAUUCCAGAGCCCAUUCUGCCGAAUUCUGCUUCGAAUGCGGGCCGAAAGGAGCUGGUCCAAAGUGGUAGCAGGAGAGAGAUCUUAGAAAAUGUACCAGACUAGCGUUAUUAGUCUGAGUGUCUUAUGGCUAAUCAAACGGGAGUUGCUUCAAGGUAGUAACUAGACACGUCAGGCUAUCAACGUUGCAUUGGUCCUUCUUCUAAGUCCUUUUGCGGGGAUCAUUCAUAUCAUUUGGAUAAUAUCCUAUUUAAAUCACACACGAUCAUGUCACGAUUAGCUUGGCUCUGUACAUUAGAGCUGUCUCCCUAGACAGUACCACCAUUAGAAUCACAACGAAGUAAUAAGACAGGACAUGCAUGACAUUGUAAACGGUUGAACAUAUUGUUGUUCUCUGAAGGUUUUAUUGUGGUUUCUGAAGUUUUUGGGA